AGCGGCGGAUUUCGGCACUGUGUCGCAGGACUCUGCAGGUUGCUGCUGCUGAUGGUGUAGGCGGGUCGGAACCGCCGCACAGAGCUGUUUGUUUGCGCAACCAGCAGCAUCAGCUGCGCUCCUAAAGGCGCUUUGUGCCUUGUUAAUCCGCUCUGAUGUCACGGUGCAGAGGGAGGGGGCUGAGCUUUCCGCUUUAAUCCGAGCAGGUUGUCCGGAGGAGGGAGCAAACCGAGCCGAUCCGAGCCGAGCCGGGCGCGGACAGGACAGAGGGACGAUGUGGACACCGGAGCUGGGCCUCUCCUCGUCUAACAUAAAGGUUGUUCUGUGAGUGGCUUUCUUUAAAUGAUCUGAAAAGCUGUCCUGCAAGCCCGAGUCCAAUCACGUCCCAGCAAUGAGUCAAAAGUGUCAGGAAGAUGCCACGGGGGAAGCAGGCGAGGAGCAGAUGGAAGCCUCUGUGGCUCCAAGGACUAGGCAGUCCAAUGGAACCACCGGAGAACCGCCUGUACGUCGUUCCUGGAGGCCAUGUCAGAUGCAAAACCAGGAUGGGGAAAUCACUCCUUACCAUCACCACCGUCAUCAUCAUCACUCUACACAUCACCACCACCACCCUUCAGGACGCGGACCUCCUCGUCACCGCCGGCGGCCUCCGUCGGAGCAAGGUCAGAGCCCAGGCCAGGCUCAUAGCCCUGGUGUGGCCUCGGCAGUCGUCUAUACCAGGUCAGAUGGGGCAGAGAGUCAGGAUGCGGAGCACCGUCCAGUGCCACAACACCGCCCUGCCGUUACCCGCUAUCGCCGCCAUGGUGACCCAAACCCCAGACUUAGGAAUCACAGACAGCAGCAGCAGUUUAGAGAAAUCCAGGAAUCUCCGUCUGGUGUUGGAGAGAGAGAAGGCCCAGCAGAAAUACGAGAGCAGGAAGGCUCUUUUGUUGAUCCUGCAAUGAACCAAUCACAAGACAAAGGAUUUCCUCAUCAGACACCAGAUGGUGUUCUUACUCCUGCCCACCUCUCUAUUGGUCUUGUAAUGGACGACGUGCAGCUUCAGCCCCAACAUACUCCGGCUGAAGCUGAAGAAGACCACCAUGAGUACAAAGCAGACCAUGAAGAGGAAUCAAAGGAAGUCAAAGAUAACAAAGAACAAGAAGUAGAGGAUGAUGGAAACUUUCACCUAACAGCAGGCAACCCAAGCUGUAGCCACAAUGAAAUAGCAGAAGAAGUUGAAAGGGUGGAGGAGGACCGGAAGGACAUCAUGGAGAAUGUAGAAGAGGAUCCUACUGCUCAGGGAAGUGAAAUUACAGAUCUCUGCUCGGACACAGAGAGCGCCGCUUCGCUCAGUAUGGACGGACCACUCCACAGCCCACCUCCUUUACAGUCACCAACUCCUCCCUCCUCUCCUGAAGUUCCACCUUUUCCCCAGCUGGACCACUUUAGCGAGGACAUCAGUAUGAGCUCAUUACCUGACAAAAACCCUUUACCUGAAGAAGAGGAAGAGGACUGCUCUGAAUCCUGUUCGCUGUCUCACUCAACUUCUUGCUCUGAGUCUCACCCGAAAACCUAUGCAGAAUUUUACACAGAGUCCCACCAGAAAACAUACACAGAGCCCAUCUUUGAGUCGUAUUCAGAGCCUAAAUGUCAUCCAAACUCUUUUCCUGAGCCCCUUAUGACCUCCUACCCUGAACUGCAACGGGAACCUUGUCGCCAAUCUGGUCGGAGAACUGAAUCUAACAAAGCCCAGCAAGAGUCCCAGCAGGAGUCCUUUGUCGGACAUAGACUGAAGAAUGUUCAAAAAAGGGCUCCAUCCUCCCCCACAGAGAGUUGCCACCACACUCCAAGGCAGAGUAGGGAUCGUGGGUCACGUCCCUUCCCUAUAGACCGCUCUAUUGGCUGCCGGUUGCACCAUUAUGAUGGGCAGUCCGACAGCGAGGGUGACGAUGCUGAUAAAAGCCCUCUUUCAAAGACUGGUAGGCUAGCAUCUAGACAGCCACAAACCCAAUCUAAGACCCAGUCACCUGGACCGGCUGGUUUGGGUGAAGCCCAGAAUGAGCGGAAUUUGGCGGGUCUCCAAGGGGAUGUUCCAAAGGGCUCAGGAGAUGCCAUCAGCCUGGCGAUUAAAGACAUCAAAGAGGCUAUUGAGGGAGUGAAGACCAAAACGGUGCGCUCCCCCUACACACCAGAUCAACCGGUGGAGCCGAUCUGGGUGAUGAGACAGGAGAUCAGCCCAACAGAGGAAGCAUACCCAGUGCAAAGUACCGCUGGCUACACUUCUCCUCACUCCCCUUCCCAGUCUGCUUUGGAGUCUCCGUCCCGCUACUCCUCUGUUCCUGUUCGGGAUAAUAUCAGUCCUCUGAGGGCAGAGACAUCCAGAAACACACAGCAGCUUCAACACAACCAUCACCACCAUCAGGGCUACCAGUCACAGUCAAGGGCACCGCAGACAUACACACCUACGACGCCGACUCAGCCACAACCAAGUCAACGUCUGCAGCAACAGAAGAGUCCAGAGCAACCUUCUGCUCAUGCUCAGCCAUCCUCACCCCCUCAGAAAGCAUCCAUCCAGGAGAUUCGCCGAGCUCUUCCUCCAUUUCCCACGUUUGUGGACGUCCCAGGACCAUGCGACCCUGAAGACCUUAUUGACGGCAUCAUCUUUGCAGCGACCUACCUGGGCUGCACCCACCUGCUUUCAGAGAGGACGCCCACAAAGAGCGCCCGCAUGCAGCAGGCCCAGGAGGCCAUGAGCAGAGUCCGGGCUGCUCAGAAACAGGCGAAGAACAGGAAGAAGAGUCCAGACAGCGAGACUCCGUCCACAGCUGAAGUCGACCUGUUCAUGUCCACACAGAGGAUCAAAGUCCUCAAUGCAGACACGCAGGAGGCUUUAAUGGACCUGCCGUUGAGGACCAUAUCUUACAUAGCUGACAUCGGCAACAUGGUGGUUCUGAUGGCGAGGGGCAAGAUGGUGAGGUCCCACAGCGCUCAGGAAAACCUGGACCAAACAUCUGAGCAGACAGACAUGAACCACGAUGACAGGAGGAUGUACAGGAUGAUCUGCCACGUCUUCGAGUCUGAGGAUGCCCAGCUCAUUGCUCAGUCCAUCGGGCAGUCCUUUAGUGUGGCCUACCAGGAGUUCCUCAGGGCGAACGGCAUCGACCCCGAGGACCUGAGCCAGAGGGAGUACAGCGACCUGCUCAACACUCAGGACAUGUACAACGACGACUUGAUCCACUUCUCCAAGUCUGAGAACUGCAGAGAUGUUUAUAUUGAGAAGCAGAAAGGUGAGAUCCUGGGGGUGGUGAUAGUAGAGUCAGGAUGGGGGUCCAUCCUCCCCACCGUCAUCAUUGCCAGCCUGAUGCACGGCGGGCCGGCCGAGAAGUCCGGCAGGCUCAACAUCGGAGAUCAAAUCAUGACCAUAAACGGGACAAGCUUAGUGGGUUUACCUCUCAGCACCUGCCAGAGCAUCAUCAAGGGUCUAAAAUCUCAGUCGAGAAUCAAGAUGAACAUCGUCAGGUGUCCUCCAGUUACCAUGGUGCUCAUCCGAAGGCCGGACCUCAGAUAUCAGCUCGGCUUCAGUGUCCAGAACGGGAUUAUCUGCAGCCUGAUGAGAGGAGGCAUCGCCGAGCGAGGGGGUGUCCGAGUUGGGCACCGCAUCAUAGAGAUCAAUGGGCAGAGUGUCGUGGCGACUCCUCACGAGAAGAUUGUACAGAUCCUGUCCAACGCCAUGGGAGAGAUCCACAUGAAGACGAUGCCUGCAGCCAUGUACCGUCUGCUGACUGCGCAGGAACAACCUGUCUACAUCUGAACGCAGCAUCACUCAGUUGGUCCUUUCUACUGCCCCACCCUGCCCUCCGCUUUUACUUUAAUGCCCGCUCCCCGCCUCCUUCUGUCCUGGUCGGUAUCACUCCACUUGCCUUAAUCUGUACAGCUGACUGUCGUGGAAAUUGUGCACAUCUCCGGUGUGACAGCAGAAGGCAAAUCGUCUCACUUUAGGCCGAGUGUUAAUGUGACAUUUUGAGUUCGACCAAAGAUAAUUUGUGGGUUUUUCUUGUGUAUAUUUAGGUUGCAAACAGAUAUAAGAUCUGGUUGAAUAGCUGUAAUAUCUGAAUGUAUCUCAAUUAUGAUGGACCUAUAAUAUAGAGACCUUUUGCAGUGAAGGGAAAGAUGAAUGCAUGUACUAUUCUGCAGAAUAAAUGUAUGAAAAUACAACA